AUGGCGGUUCCAAAUGACAACCAAUUCGUACACCAUCCGAAGGAUCAUGGUGCUAUUGGUCCUUUCCUACUAGCAGAGCCAACAUUGUUUUGUUACUGUGGGUUACCGGCAUUUGUGAAGCAGUCAAGGCCUCCCGUGUCAGCUGGACGUGCUUUCUACUGUUGCCAACUUAAGCGACAUCCUCCGACACUUGAUGCCUACCUAGAGGGAUGCAGCUUCUAUCAGUGGAUCGAUGGCGAUGAAAUGUUCGAUCCGUUGAUUAUAUUGUUUCCUUAUGACCCCUGGAAGAGUGUUCCAUAUUUAGAAUUUGUUUGUUGGGUUCUGCCGCCAUCAAACCCUCUGGCAAUGAUAGAGGCGGAGAAGAGAGGGUUCCCUUCUUGUGACUUUGAGGAGUACAACUAUGGACCCAAAUCACACUGGCCUUCUAAGUAUGAAUUUGCGGAGUUUCAAGCAGGCAUUAAGCCAUGGCCAUGCACAAAGAUGCCGAACCGUAAGUGCAAGUGUGGCAUCAAGGCUCACGAAGGAGUUGUUCCGUCUGAGUUAGGAUACAGAUACUACUGUGGCAAUGCUUAUGGAGGGCCGUCUGAGUUAUGGGUGGGGAGGACAUGCAAUUGGGAGGACUUCACUGGUCGUGGAGAGUUAGCGGAGAAGCUGAAGAUACAUUCGCCUCUCAAAAAAGACAGGAACCAUUGGAUGCGGGAGGAGAAGCAGAUGGAGGUGAGGAUGAGACAUUGUUUCGUUCUUAUAGUCCUCGAUGAUGCACUAAACGAUGGCCAUAUCCCCGCACCCAUGGAGGAGGACGAUGAUGAUGACAAUGAUGAGGACGAUGAGUAG